AACUUUUAAAUUAAUUGCUUCACACUCCCAAGUCUCGUAUAACUAUGAAAUAUCACUAGAUAUUUCAUUUAAAGUCAACCCCUGCACCUUUUCGUGGGUGCGCCGCCCCACCGCAAUGAGACUCGCGUACUUGCUGGUGCUGGUCUACAGCGUCUGCGCUGUGGAAAGGAAACUUGAAAUACACGACAAUUCCAUGAUGAUGGAUACAGAUGUCACUUCGAAAACUGUAGUCACGAAGCCAUGCAAAUGCAUCAUUGAUUGCUACGUGAACCCAGCCUGCCAAGCCGUAGCCUCAGAAGAAGUUUCGACCAACGUCACGUGUUAUUUCAGUCUUCAUUUCGGCGUACAAACCAGGCUCACUAGCCGAAAUACGGCCACCACCUACGUCAAGAAAGAGUGCGCAGACAACUUCGUCAGGCUGGGAGGGAUUUGCUACUUCUUCUCAUCGGAGACGGCCGACCAAGCCACGGCCAAAACCAAGUGUCCUGCAACGAGCUCACUGGCCUUCCCGUCUUCUGGUGGAGAACUGAACAGCUUGGUGGACUACAUAAAGAAAAACAAGGCUCACGUAGAAAACUGGUACGUGGACCUGACCAAGACGAAUGACAAGUGGUACUGGGGUGACCGCGUCAAUUAUAGGGACGCCAUAGAAAUCAACGGCGACAACGAGUCGUGUGCCAGGCUUCGUGGCUCAAGCUACGAGCUCGCGGACUGUCCUUGCAGCACAGACUACAACUUCAUCUGCCAGUAUACCGUGCAAACUUGAGGGAAUCAUUUUUAGACAAGACCCUUUCCGGGCAGUGCAUUUCGGAAGCGAACCAUUUCGUGCAGGGCAUCGAGCUGGUCUGGCCCAUGAACUGUCAGUGCGAGAUUUUGCGUCUCAGAUAUAGUUGAAGAACUUAUGUUUUACGCUUAAUCAACAAUUUUCCAGGCAGUUUUCUUCAUUUUUUA